ACAAGAACACGUAUAUACAUUAUGUAUUUGGAUAAGAAGGCAUUAACUCCAGCGAAGAGCUUCAAGAAAUGUGACAUGGGCAUUUUGAAAGGAUCAGCCAUUGUUUUAAUCAUUGCAGUACUAAUUAUAUAUUUUAAAAAGAACUUUUCUAAUAGUUCUCAAGAUGGUAUCAUUUCACUCAACUCAUCGUAUGAUUAUAUCAUAAUAGGUGCAGGUUCUGCUGGGUGUGUACUCGCAAAUAGACUUUCGGAAGAUCCAGAUGUCUCAGUCCUCAUUUUAGAAGCUGGGGGCUCAGAACAGGAAAAUCCAAACAUCAGUAUUCCGGUUGCUUCACCUACACUACCUCUGUCUAAACAAGACUGGCAAUUCAAAUCUGUACCACAAAAGAAAGCGUGUUUAGCCCUGCGGGAUCAGAGGUCUGCUUGGCCACGAGGACGUGUUCUUGGAGGUACCAGUAGUCUAAAUUACCUGCAGUAUGUACGUGGCAGUCGUCAUGACUAUAACGGAUGGUCCGCCGAGGGAUGUACUGGUUGGAGUUACAAAGAUGUUCUUCCUUAUUUCAUAAAAUCAGAAAAUAUAAAAAUACCUGAACUCCAUAAUUCUGACUAUCAUGGUAGAGAAGGAUACCUGUCUGUCAGUGAUGGAACUGCCACGCCCCUCAAUAAAGAGGUUUAUGCACGAGCAAUGGAAGAGCUUGGCUACUCCACGGUAGACUGCAACGGAAAAUCACAGAUAGGUUAUUGUUCAUCACAGGAAACAGUUCAGAAUGGUGAGCGCAGUAGUACCGCCAAGGCAUACCUCAGACCUGUCAUGGGACGUAAUAACCUUCAUGUGUCUAUGAACUCACAUGUCACCAAGAUUAUUAUAAAAGACAAAAAAGCCUUAGGUGUAUGGUUUGUUCGAGACAACAUAAAGCAUGAGAUAAUGGCUAACAAAGAAGUUAUCGUUUCCGCCGGAGCUGUUAACUCCCCACAAAUACUAAUGCUUUCAGGAAUUGGACCAAAAGAACACCUUGAAUCAUUAGAGAUUCCAGUUGUUGCUGAUCUUCCGGUAGGGAAAAAUUUGCAGGAUCAUAUUAUGACGUUAUUAGAAUUUCAUGAUAAUACGACGCGAGUGGCUACCCAGCCCAAACUUGCAUCGCCUAUGAAUAUCCUGAAGUACUUAUUAUUUGGAACGGGUGCAUUGAGUAAAACGCAUGCUGAAGGAACAGCGUUUCUUGGGAGCGAUAGAAGUAUUUCUCCAGAAAUCCAGCUUCAUUUUCUCACCUAUAGUUAUCACCCAGAAGAUACAGAUGUGUUCUUAGAUUCCUAUAACAUUGAUAAAAAAAUGAAAGAGGGCAAGAAAAAGGAGUAUCAGCAAAAGAUAGACAAAAACAUAGAGACAUUCACUAUAAUCUCGAUUCUACUCCAUCCAAAGAGUAGAGGUACGAUAAAUCUUAAAAGUGCUGACCCCUUUGAUCCACCGAUCAUUGACCCAAACUACCUUGACCAUCCAGAUGACAUAAAAACGUUAAUAAACGGGAUACGAGAAGUUUUGAAGUUGGGCGACACGGUAACUUUUAAAAAGAUUGGUGCCUCUUCCCAGGAUCCGCUGGAGUUGUAUGCCCCGCAAUGCGAAAGUCACACACCUAACUCCGACGAUUACUGGAUAUGUAGAAUUAGACACUACACUUAUACACUGUAUCAUCCUACAUCUACAUGUAGAAUGGGGUCUAAAGAUGACCCGACGGCAGUAGUAGAUCCAGAACUCAGAUUGAGAGGCAUAGACAACCUACGCGUCGUUGAUGCAUCUGUCAUGCGAAACGCAAUAUCUGGAAAUACAAACGCUCCUACAAUCAUGAUAGCGGAAAAGGCAGCUGACAUGAUAAGAAAUAUCAAUAGUGUGACAUCCAUGAGAGAAAAAACUGAUAAGUUGUGAAGGUUGUAAAUAUGAAUCAACAAAUGUUUCAAACUGGUUAUUUUUUAAUAAGUAGCUUGACCUCAAAAGACGCAACACAUUUGCUUUUGUUAAUAAAAUUUAUUUCCAGUUAUUAGUACGUUCUGUAAAACAGCUUUGUAUUAGAAACAAACCUACAUGUUGGUAUUGUCCAAAUACAUUUUCCGUAGGCAAAACUAUUAACAUUAUGAUUUAUAGCUCCAUUCCUAUUUUUUGUUCAGAAAUGAAUGACCCCUUGAAUGGAAGGUCAUCAAAUUAUCUCUCUCCGGUCGACAUUUUGCUGUACUUAACCAUGUUUAUUUUUUUCUUCAAAUGAUAUUUCAGUUCAGAAUAUUGCUUUUAAAAUUGCGAUUCCACUAUUCUCGCAAGCAUUUUGAUACCAAAUGUCACUAAAAUGGAUAUGCACUCUGCAAGAAUGGAACCUAUAUUACUUAAUUAAACGCACUUUAAUUUGUCCCAAGAUAUUUAUGCAGCACACUUGGACGAUUAAAAAAAACACAUAUCUAUGAAAGAAGUGCAAUUGAAAUAGCGACUUUGUUGUCCUACCGAUUCUAAAAUUAAUAUGAGGGAUAUACCCAUGUACAUGUAAAUUGAUGCUGAAUUAAAAACCUUUAUUGAAUGUUGGCCCGGAUUCCCGUUUUAGUCACGUUUUAAUCUUUUUUAAUAACUACAAUUAAAUAUUACUAAAAUAGAAUAUGUUUCACACAAGAGAACGAUAUUACAGACUUUAUAUUCAUACAUGUAAAUUUAUCUUUUUGCCAUAAGAAAAGUGCAAGAAUUUGAUGAUGUCAUUAUAAGUAUUAAUGAUUAUAAAUGAAAUAUGAUUGUUUUAUUAUACAAACAUAUUAAAAUAUGUUUAUUUGAUCAGUAAGACUAGGUAUCAUAAUGUGUCUCAUACUUGUGGUAUACAUCAGAUGUAUGCUUAUGUAUCAAUUGUUGAAUAUAUGAAUGGAAUAGAUGACAUUGGUUUCUUUUUUACCUUUUUAAGGUCUUCUGUUUCCAAUGGAAGACCUUGUAGUUAUUGUAAUGUUUUUUUCUUCCUUUCUUUUUUUCUUUCCUCUUAUUAAUUUUUUCCCUUUUUUGUCCACAAGAGUUCUCAAAGAUUGCUGGGUAGAUUUUCUUGAAAUUUUCGGGAAUUAUAGACAAUGAUAAUAACUUGAGGCGUUUUUUUUUUCUUUUUUUAAAAUUCGUUUCCGGUCGUUUGUUUCCUGU